AUGAGGGCGCAUUCAUGCCGCCAGGGUCCUCUGCUGCUACUGCUAUUGCUGGGCUGUGGGCAGCCCCGGAUGUCUGGCCGCAUCGUGGGCGGGAGGGAUGCCCGGGAGGGGGAGUGGCCAUGGCAAGCCAGCCUGCAGUACCGCCGGUCCCACGUGUGCGGGGCCUCGCUCAUCUCUCGCCAAUGGGUGCUGACUGCAGCUCACUGCUUCCCGAGACCCGUGAGGCUGUCGGAGUACCGAAUACGCCUGGGGGAGUUCCGCCUGGCCCGGCCCUCGCCCCAAGCUCUCUCCUCGCAGCUGCUGCGGAUCGUGCUUAACGCCAACUUCACGGAAGAUGGGGGCCAGGGAGACAUCGCGCUGGUCCAGCUCCGCCGCCCAGUCCCACUCAGUGCCCGUGUUCGGCCGGUCUGCCUACCUGGAUCUAGAGCCCAGCCACCCCCGGGCACCCCGUGCUGGGUCACUGGCUGGGGCAGCCUCCGGCCGGGAGUGCCACUGCCUGGCUCCAGGCCCCUGCAGGGCGUCCAGGUCCCACUGAUAGACAGACAGGUCUGUGACCGGCUCUACCACAUGGACUCCGACAUCCCCCUCACCGAGCCCAUAGUCUUGCCUGGCACCCUAUGUGCAGGCUAUGCCAGAGGCAGCAAGGAUGCCUGCCAGGGAGACUCUGGGGGCCCCUUGGUGUGCAUCCAGUCUGGUCGAUGGGUCCAAGAAGGUGUGGUGAGUUGGGGCAAGGGAUGUGCUUUGCCCAACCGCCCAGGUGUCUACACUAGUGUGGCCCACUACUGGUCCUGGAUCCAGGAACACUUAGGCACCCCAGUCCUGCGGGCCCACCACCAAGAGCCCAGUCAUCCUCGAUCCCAUCAGCUCUUGCCAUUAUUGCUUCCUAGUUUCUAA